AUGCUGCGAGAGACCACAGAGAUUCUGGCAGUGCUGAUGCAGGACCAAGGCUUGGCUUCAGCAUGGGCGAGAACAACCGGCCGCGACGCAACCGUCGCCGUGGUGAUCUGGCUCGCCCUUGCGUUGUCACGCAUAGUCCGGACUGCCCUGCUGGACAGAAGGUUCGGACUGCAUCAGUUCAUUGAGUGCCUGCUCUUGAUGGCUUUCGAGGUCAUCGGGGUCCGGGGCACCUCCACGCAAGCACAGCAGCCGACCAUCACCAAGGCCGUGUGGCUUUUGCUUUAUUUGCGCUGGCAGUACGAGCUGAAGCUGAAGCAGGCAAACGAGAAAAAGGAGCAAGAAAGUGCAUGGGCCGAGAAGCUGGGAGUCUCUCCUGACACAGUCCUUGACGUGCUUGAUGAGAGGUCCUGUCACUACAAGGAUCCACUUCAUCAACUCUUUGAGGAGGUUCCUGAGCUCUUCAAAGACGCGCCAUGUCCCAAGCAGGUCGUGGAGGCAGACAUGGCAGAGCCGCAGGUCAGUGGGCCUUGUCACGGAUGCGGCCGCCAUCGGCACAGCGGUUGGGGCACACUGGUUUGCCCAGAGUGCUCGGACAGCGGGGACGUGCUGGAGGCAUUUUGGCAGAAAGCUCAGGCGGAAGAUCCUUCCGGAAAGCGGAUGAACCUGAUCCAGAUGCUACCUCAAGUGUUCAAGGCACCUGUUGGCCGGAUUCAAGCAGAAGGGGAGGUUCUGACUUGA